AUGCCAAAGGCUAUCGCCGGGUCUGUCGAGGACGAUUGGAUCCAGCUUACAAUCAAAGGCAAUGGUAGAGGAGUUGUCACCAUGGACUUUGACAAGAAUGCCAAACUGUCAGAGCUCAUGUUCAGCUUCUGGGAAUUGACUUGUCAACCACCUCACCCGGCGGCCUUCCUGUACAAGGGAAUCAAGCUACGUGCCCGUGACACUCCCAUGAUGCUGGAAAUGAAAGACAACGACAUCAUCGAGUACCGCCGCAUCCGUCGCCAUCCGAGACUCAUCCAGGUUGACGACAUGUUGCUCUUGAUCGAAGCCGGCCAGCAGUUCGUUCGCAAGAUGGACCCAAUCGUCGAAUGGGAGCGCUUCAAUAAGGAUGAAGUCGCCGAGUACAGAGCCACCAUCCACUCGAUCCAGCUGUAUUUCAGUCAAGCCCAAGCUUCUCUCAAGGCUCUCGUCGAGAACGAAGCCUUCCCGCUGGACGGAGACGCCACAAGAGUCAUGAGAAAGAGGCAAGCGCAGCUGGCCAACGUUCUCAUCCGCUUGUUCCGCGUCCACCACCUCGUCUACAACAAGGGCUACCAAGCCAAAGUCCAUCCGUUGCCCUUUCGAACUGGCGCCAAAUGCCUCCUUGCCGUCGAGAACUUGGCUGCCUUGGCCUCGGUCGUGCGAAACCUGCAAUACCCCGACGUCUGGGAACGGGUGCCCUUGUCCAUUCCAGGUCUCCUGAAGGAGAAUCCCGAGCCCGUCAAGCCCGUGGAGAAACGUACAGGCGGGCGCGGGGUGUGGACGCAGGAGAUACCACAGCUGCGCCAAGAGCAGCAUGGAGAGUGCCUCGUCUGCCACGAACCUUGCACCAGCACCACAAACACUCGGCGAGUAUUUCGGAAGAACGGUGUCGCCACCUGCACUGAUUGCUGUGGGAAGGCCGUCCACCCACGCUGCCUGGCGCGCUGGUUUGCCUACGAGAGGCUGAGCACCGACCACGGUGACACCGGCACCUGCCCUGCUUGUCGACAUGUCUUCCCUCCGCAGGUGGCCAUGCUGAUCAUGUACAUGGCUAUCGCUCACCUCGGCCUCGCGUUGGACGCCAGCCCCAAGUUUCGAGCAUGGUUGGCCAGGUUGCCCAAGCAAGGCGCUGGCUCUUACCUGGACGUGUACAGGGACCAUUCACAUUGGUUCUGGAAAGACUAG